GCGGCCCGGGGUGGGAGGCGGGUCUACCGCUCGGCCGCGGCGGCGGAGGAGCAGCUCCCAGCCAGCAGCCAGCGAGCGCCGAGCGAGCCGCCUGGAGCCCCUCAUCCCAUUCGGAAGAGGAAGGAACAAAAGGUCCCGGACCCCCGGCUCUGACGGGGCGGGACCCGGAGCCUCGGUCCAGAGUGCUGUGAUUCCAGACUGAAAAAUCUUUCAUGCUAGGCCAGUAGUAAAGAAAGGUGAUCUAAAUGGUGUCGCACCCCAGGCCACACCUUUUCUUCGGAGUUAGAUUAAGGAGGAUAUUUUCUUAGAGUGGAUCGCUGCCUUUGGUAAGAACAUGUCGUCCAUCUUGCCAUUCACUCCACCAGUUGUGAAGAGACUGCUGGGAUGGAAAAAAUCAGCUGGUGGAUCUGGAGGAGCAGGUGGUGGAGAGCAGAAUGGACAGGAAGAAAAGUGGUGUGAGAAAGCAGUUAAAAGUUUGGUGAAGAAGCUAAAGAAAACAGGACGAUUAGAUGAGCUUGAGAAAGCCAUCACCACUCAAAAUUGUAAUACUAAAUGUGUUACCAUACCAAGCACUUGCUCUGAAAUUUGGGGACUGAGUACACCAAAUACGAUAGAUCAGUGGGAUACAACAGGCCUUUACAGCUUCUCUGAACAAACCAGGUCUCUUGAUGGUCGUCUUCAGGUAUCUCAUCGGAAAGGACUGCCGCAUGUAAUAUAUUGCCGAUUAUGGCGCUGGCCUGAUCUUCACAGUCACCAUGAACUCAAGGCAAUUGAAAACUGCGAAUAUGCUUUUAAUCUUAAAAAGGAUGAAGUAUGUGUAAACCCUUACCACUACCAGAGAGUUGAGACACCAGUUUUGCCUCCGGUGUUAGUGCCACGGCAUACUGAGAUCUUAACAGAACUACCACCUCUGGAUGAUUAUACCCACUCCAUUCCAGAAAACACUAAUUUCCCAGCGGGAAUUGAGCCACAGAGUAAUUAUAUCCCAGAAACGCCACCUCCUGGAUAUAUCAGUGAAGAUGGAGAAACAAGUGAUCAACAGUUGAACCAAAGUAUGGAUACAGGAUCUCCAGCAGAACUAUCUCCUACUACUCUUUCCCCUGUUAAUCAUAGUUUGGAUUUGCAGCCUGUUACUUACUCAGAACCUGCAUUUUGGUGUUCAAUAGCGUAUUAUGAAUUAAACCAGAGGGUUGGAGAGACCUUCCAUGCAUCACAGCCCUCACUCACCGUAGACGGCUUCACAGAUCCAUCAAAUUCAGAGAGGUUCUGCCUAGGUUUACUCUCUAACGUCAACAGAAAUGCUACAGUAGAAAUGACAAGAAGACAUAUAGGAAGAGGAGUGCGCUUAUAUUACAUAGGUGGGGAAGUUUUUGCUGAGUGCCUAAGUGAUAGUGCAAUCUUUGUGCAGAGCCCCAAUUGUAAUCAGAGAUACGGCUGGCACCCUGCAACAGUGUGUAAAAUUCCACCAGGCUGUAACCUGAAGAUCUUCAACAACCAGGAAUUUGCUGCUCUUCUGGCUCAGUCCGUUAAUCAGGGUUUUGAAGCCGUGUAUCAGCUAACUAGAAUGUGCACCAUAAGAAUGAGUUUUGUGAAAGGGUGGGGAGCAGAAUACCGAAGGCAGACGGUAACAAGCACUCCUUGCUGGAUUGAACUUCAUCUGAAUGGACCUCUACAGUGGUUGGACAAAGUAUUAACUCAGAUGGGAUCCCCUUCAGUGCGUUGCUCAAGCAUGUCAUAAAGCUUUGUCACCAGUCAAGUCCCAUCAAAAGACUUAAUGUACCAACUCUUCUGUCAUAGUAUUUGUGUGUGGUCCCUGUGGACUGUUUACUAUCCAAAAAUUCAAGAGAAAACAGCACUUGAGGUCUCAUCAAUUAAAGCACCUUGUGGAAUCGGUUUCCUAUGUUUGAAUAUUAGAUGGGAAAAUUAGUGUCUAGAAAUACCCUCCCAUAAAGGAGGAAGAGAAGAUUUUAAAGACUUACCGAUGUCUUGUUGGGCAUAAAACUGAGUGUCCCAAAGGUUUAUUAAUAACAGUAGUAGUUAUGUGUACAGGUAAUGUAUCAUGAUCCAGUACCACAGUAUUGUGCUGUUUAUAUACAUUUUUAGUUUGCAUAAACUAGGUGUGUGUGUGCUGCUUCUUGAUUUAGGCAAGCCUUUAUAAAGUUACAGUACCUAAUCUGUUAUUCCCACUUGUUAUUUUUGUGUGUCUUUUUUAAUAUAUAAUAUAUAUCAAGAUUUUCAAAUUAUCAUUUAGAAGCAGAUUUCCCUUGUAGAAAAACUAAUUUUUCUGCCUUUUACCAAAAAUAAACUCUUGGGGGAA